GUAUUGUUUUUAUGAUCGACCCAAUACCCUCUAUUCCAUCCCACACCAUCUUCAGCACUGGUUGACCGGUUCUUAUCCCAAGUACGACAUCAUAACACCGACAACAUGUCUGAUCUCCAUCUGAAGGAAUACUGCGGUCUCCUCAAGAAGUCCGGGAUGGCAGUGACACCGGAACACCGUGCAGUUGUGCGAUUGCAGUAUCCUCCCCACCUAAUCGAGCAGGCUUACAAGGAGCUCCCAGAUGUGAACGGGAUGCCCGUCCAAUCUUGGGAGAUUUGCCUUCUCCGAAAGGCUCUGCGGACCUUGGCUCUAAGGAUCGUAACUGGCUCGUUUAAGGAUGAUCCUCCCAGGCGAGCCUUCCUUGCGGUGUUUUUAACAUUUGAACCUGCGUCUGGUUCCGCUAACGACGAGUACCUGGAUCUGAUGUGGGAUAUUUCCAAACUUCUGGCGGACUUGGAGCGUGGUAUAGAGAUGAUCUUCCCCGUUGAGACUCAGAAGUGCACGGAGGUCUUUGUUGACUACCCUCCCUGUGUCUAUGAGCCCACCUGGCAGGCUUAA